AUGGCCCAGAAGAAGGCCCUCACAGAUGAAGAGCUCUUCGCUCAGUUCGAAGACAUUCCAGAGGACACCCCCCCAGUCCCUACAACCACCAACACCACCACCCUAGCUCCCAACGCCGCAACCGCAAAGAAACCAACCCGAUCCACCGCUCACACGCCCAGCGCCGAAGGCCCUGACCCCCUUGCCGAGCUCGAAAGUCUAGCAGCCAGACCAGUAAGCCGGCCUGCAACACCCAAGCUCUCCUCCUCCAGCACCGCAAGCCGCAACCGCUCGCCCAGACGCCCCGGCACUGCGACGCCACCGUCGUCCGGUCGAACGAGUGAAGACAGACCCGCCCAUUCCUAUGCGCUACCCAGAAGGUCAGGCGAGAGCACUCGCUCCUUUCACCAGAGCUUCACCCCUUCGUUGGAGGAGACCGCCGAACACGAGCAGAAGGCUCACGCCGCGUCGCUAGCUCCUGAGCCAGCGCAGAAGAGCGGCGGUGGUGGUGGAUGGUGGGGCGGGCUGUUCGCGACAGCAUCGGCCGCUGUGAAGCAAGCCGAGGCCGCCGUAAAGGAGAUCCAGAAGAAUGAAGAGGCUCAGCGAUGGGCUGAGCAGGUCAAAGGCAAUGUCGGCGCCUUGCGUGGUUUUGGCGGCGAACUCAAAUCCCGCGCCCUCCCUACCUUCACCAACAUCCUGCACACCCUCGCCCCGCCCAUCUCUCAACACGAGCGCCUCCAAAUCCACAUAACGCACGACCUACUGCACUACCCCUCCCUCGACCCCCUCAUCUACCGCACCUUCGCGCGCGUAAUGUCGCAAGUCGAAGGCGGAGACCUCCUCGUCAUCCAGCGCGGCUCCGAAGCCACACAUACCUCCGACCUUAGCGCCAGCGGGUGGAGCGACGGGCCCUGGUGGCGCCAGGGGGGCGUCAAGCGUGAUAUCGGGGCCGUCAGGGGCCUGCCGGAGGGAACCAAGCUUGCGAGGGUUGGGGCGGAGAGCUACGCGGCUGAGUUCUUUGCUGCGAGGGGCGGGGUUGAGAACGCGGCGAGGAUGGCGACGCAGGUCCUAUCGGAGACCAAUCCGGUGAGGAGCUCGGAUAUCUUUUUGGCGGUGCAGGCGGUCGGGUAUGCGGCGCCGAAGGAGCUGUUUGCGGGGAGUCAGGCUGCGGGAGAGAAGAGGGGGGAUGGCAUGGGGGAGGGAGGGGGUGUGGUGCAUGAGGAGGAUGAAGCGGAAGAGCUCAUGGCUUUUGCGAUAUACCUUCAUGACCCUAUCCACUCUCUCGCGUUCCCUACACUCUCGCAAUCUUUCCCGGCGAAAUGGGUGCAUUGGCUCGAUGCCUCUGCGCCCUCCCCCACCGCAGAUGACCCGGACCAGCCGUCAGGUCAGCUCCCGCCUGAGAUUCUUACAAUCAUCGAAGAAGGCGGCGUGGAUCCGAGGGAGUGGAUCAGCGAGUGGAUCGAGGAGGCCAUCGGCCUCGCUGUCGGUGUCGUUGCGCAGCGGUACGUCGCGAGGCGGAUGGGGGUUGGGGAGGGUGGGAUCGGGAGGGGCAAAGCGCGGGCAAGAGCUCUAGAGGAGGGUGGAGGGGAGGCUGCGAGAGCGAUAUAA